AUGAAGCGAAGAGUGACAGAUCGUGAAAUCCUCUGGGUUGAAGUAAGGAUCAAAGCUUUGGCCAUACACGACGAUCGCUCAUCCCAGGGUGCAGGAAGGAAGAGAGUAGCGAAGCCCGGCCCAACCAAAUCUACUGAGAGAAGUCGGAGGUCUGAUUCUCAUGCCAGAAACUCCGCAGAUAGGCUUGCAGCCCGUAUCCCUCCGUCGUUUGAGAUGCAGGAUCUAACGGGGAAGAACAAGUGGAGGUUGAUGCCGGGAUGCUGCUUCCAGCUGCAUGUAAAAGUCCCGUGCAGAGCAGUGAUAGGAAUCCAUGGGGUAAAAUUGACGAGACACGGAGACACUCCAUAUAACCCAAAUCAGAAAGGUGCAGUCAAGCUUAGCUUGCAGAGGGACCCAGAGGGGACAACGGUCAUGGAUGCCAGCAGGACGAAGGAUGAGGCUACCAUUUGCCUUCCGCCGGCCCGUCUGACGAGCGAGUCGGUGGACUCGGGUCAAGGGAGUCAAACCUGUUGUGCUGGUCUGCUCCUAACUCGCUCAGGAAUUCGCCCCCUGUCAGAACAAGGACCGUCGUACGUCGACGCAGCAACUCCACUCAGCGAAUACGCCAAUGGCGGGUGGGCCAUCAUGCUAAGCAGGGAGUUCCGGCCGAGCCUUUGUUUCUCGAGAGGGAAAUGGAGCAACGACCCUGGUCACCCUCGUGGACACAAGCCCCCGAGAACGGUCGGAGGCCGGGAGCUUAGCGCGUGGGUAAAAUAUGUGAGAGGUGAGAAAGAGAGGCCCCGAGAGCCACCACCGUGUCAUAGCGGAUUGGCGUCGAGGUGGAUCCCCGUAAGCCCAUCCAUCGUAUCUUGCAGUUGCAGGGCGAGUUCUUCCGAUGGGUCUCUGCAAUUUGACUUUCCUCCCGAGAUUUCAGGCCAUGAGGCACUGGUGAAACAGUCGAGUUGA